AUGGGAGGAAGUGGAAAUAGGAGAGCCAAAGGAGGAGAGAUCAGGGUGAAGAAUAAGGCCAUUGGGCUUAACUUUAUCGAUGUAUACUAUCGCAAAGGAGUUUACAAGGCUGCCACAAUACCUUUUAUACCUGGUAUGGAAGCAGUUGGUGUGGUGACUUCCGUGGGUCCUGGACUAACGGGCAGGAAAGUUGGAGAUCUCGUCGCAUAUGCAGGUAACCCAAUGGGUUCAUAUGCUGAAGAGCAGAUCCUUCCAGCAGAAAAAGUGGUGCCUCUUCCUUCCACUAUGUAUCCUGUUGUAGCUGCAGCUGUCAUUUCCAAAGGAAUGACAGCUCAAUUCCUAGUUCGUCGGUGUUUCAGGAAUUAUCAUAUGACUAUGGUUGAACCUAGACACGAAGUUCUUGUUCAUGCAGCAGCAGGUGGAGUUGGGUCUCUGUUGUGCCAAUGGGCAAAUGCCCUUGGUGCCACUGUCAUUGGAACUGUCUCAACCAAAGAAAAGGCAGCUCAAGCCAAAGAUGAUGGAUGUCAUCAUGUCAUAAUGUACAAGGAAGAGGAUUUUGUUACCCGUGUCAAUGAGAUAACAUCAGGCAAAGGAGUUGAUGUUGUCUAUGAUUCAGUUGGAAAAGACACCUUUCAGGGUUCUUUGGCAUGCUUAAAAAUCCGCGGAUACAUGGUAAGUUUUGGGCAAUCCUCUGGUACACCAGACCCACUGCCAUUGUCAGCACUUGCAGCAAAAUCGCUGUUCUUGACAAGGCCCACCCUCAUGCACUACAAUCUAACUCGGGAAGAGCUGCUUGAAACUGUUGGAGAGCUAUUUCCGUGCAUCACAUCGAGGGUCUUACGGGUCCGUAUAAAUCGCACCUACCCCUUAUCUCAGGCGGCACAAGCGCAUGCUGAUCUUGAGGGUCGGAAAACAUUGAAUCUAUUACCAAAUGUACGUAUGGGUUACACUGCAGAUAAGUAG